AUGCAGGACUUCCCCAAGCCCAAGCAAGUCGAUAACACGGAGAACUAUCGCAUCGCCGAAGCCUUGUCCUCCAAGUUCCCUGCUGCCAAGGGCAAAGCGCCUUCCAAGACUGUAGCCAUCAUCGGCGGCGGGCUGGCGGGCUUGUCUGCCGCCAAGUAUUUGUCAGAUGCUGGACAUCGUCCGUUAGUGCUGGAAGCUCGAGAUGUGCUGGGAGGCAAGGUGAGCGCGUGGCAGGACAAGGACGGAGACUGGAUCGAGACCGGGCUCCACAUCUUCUUUGGGGCCUAUCCCAACAUGAUGAGCUUGUUCAAGGAGCUCAACAUCGAGGAGAGGCUGCAGUGGAAGGUGCACAAGAUGAUCUUCGCCAUGCAAGAGUUUCCCGGCGAGUUCACGACCUACGACUUCAUCCCGGGCAUCCCCGCCCCCUUCAACUUCGGUCUCGCCAUCCUCCUCAAUCAGAAGAUGCUUUCCCUUCCCGAGAAGAUCCAGUGCCUCCCCGCCCUCCUCCCCAUGCUCAUCAACGGCCAGGACUUCAUCGAGCAGCAGGACGAGAAGUCUGUCCUCGAGUUCAUGCGCCAGUACAACAUGCCUGAGCGCAUCAACACUGAGGUUUUCAUCAGCAUGGCCAAGGCUCUGGACUUCAUCGACCCGGACAAGCUCAGCAUGGCGGUUGUCCUGACUGCAAUGAACCGUUUCUUGAACGAGGACGACGGUCUUCAGAUGGCCUUCCUUGACGGCAACCAGCCCGACAGGCUGUGCAAGCCAAUGGUCGACCACAUCGAGAAGAGGGGGGGAGAGGUCCGCACCAAGAGUCCCGUCAAGAAGAUCGUGACCAACCCGGACGGCAGCAUCAAGCACCUGGAGAUGCGCGACGGGUCGACGGUGCAGGCGGACGAGUACGUGUCAGCCAUGCCCGUGGACGUGCUGAAGAGGAUGGAGCCCAAGGAGUGGCAGAAGAUGCCCUUCUUCCGUCAGAUGGACGAGCUCGAGGGCAUCCCCGUCAUCAACCUCCACCUCUGGUUUGAUCGCAAGCUCAAGGGUGUCGACCAUCUCUGCUUCAGCCGCUCUCCGCUCCUCUCCGUGUACGCCGACAUGUCCAUCACUUGCAAGGAGUACUACGACCCCGACAGGUCUAUGCUUGAGCUCGUCUUCGCCCCCUGCUCGCCUCUUGCUGGAGGAAACACCAACUGGAUGACCAAGACCGACGACGAGAUCAUCGACGCGACCAUGAAGGAGUUGGAGCGUCUCUUCCCCUACGAGAUCGCUGCUGACGGUUCCAAGGCGAAGCUGCGCAAGUUCGCUGUCGUCAGGACGCCUCGAUCAGUUUACGCUGCUAUCCCUGGAAGGAACAAGUUCCGCCCCCAGCAGCGAACUCCCAUCCCCAACUUCACACUUGCCGGCGACUGGACCUCGCAGAAGUUCCUCGGGUCUAUGGAAGGAGCCUUGCUCUCUGGCAAGCUAGCAGCUGAGGUGAUCGUUGACAAGGCUCUCGGUGUUGAGCCUGCCAAGUCGUUAGGAAAGAAGUCCGUCGAAAAAGAGUAUCCUGACGCUGAGAAGAAGGAACCUCGGGAGCCUGUUGGCCUCAUGGGCGAUGGAGCCAUUGUGUUUGGAGGAGGAGCAGUCUUCGACAGAGUGAACAAGGAGCAGCUCCUCACCUCUGACUCCGCUCCUAUGACUGCGUGAAGCCCGACAAGUUUCUUCUGAGUUUUCUUCUUCUCAUGUAUUGACAGUAAAAGCAACCUACUCUG